AUGCCGGCCGGCACGCGGUACCCGAAACCCUGCUCCGGGCUGGGGGAGAUGUUCCUGCUGUGCCUGAUUUUUGACCAGCAGAGCCACCCCCGCAGAGAGACGCGUGGCAUGGGGGGCACGUUGCAGACGGGGCAGGGGUCUUGGCCGUGGAGCAGGAAGAUCCAGAUCCGAAACAUCCCCCCGCACCUGCAGUGGGAGGUGCUGGAUGGCCUCUUAGCUCAGUACGGGACGGUGGAGAACGUGGAGCAAGUCAACACUGACACAGAAACAGCCGUUGUCAACGUAACAUAUGCGACAAAAGAAGAAGCAAAAGUAGCAAUUGAGAAGUUGAGCGGCCACCAGUUUGAGAACUAUUCCUUCAAGAUUUCCUACAUCCCGGAUGAAGAGGUGAGCUCCCCUCCGCCCCCGCAGCGAUCCCGCCGGGGGGGCCACUCUUCCAGGGAGCGGGGCUCCUCCCCGGGGGGCUCCUCACAGCCCAAACAGCUCGAUUUCCCACUGCGGAUGCUGGUGCCCACGCAGUUUGUUGGUGCGAUCAUAGGAAAGGAGGGCUUGACCAUAAAGAACCUUACUAAGCAAACCCAGUCCAAGGUUGACAUCCAUCGGAAGGAGAAUGCCGGCGCCGCUGAAAAGCCCAUCACCAUCCACGCCACGCCAGAGGGGUGCUCCGAAGCCUGUCGCAUGAUCCUCGAUAUCAUGCAGAAGGAGGCUGAUGAAACUAAAUCAGCAGAAGAGAUUCCCUUGAAAAUCCUAGCACACAACAGUCUGGUGGGGAGGUUGAUUGGCAAAGAGGGCCGCAACCUCAAGAAGAUCGAACAGGACACCGGCACGAAGAUCACUAUCUCCCCUUUGCAGGAUUUAACCAUUUAUAACCCUGAGCGGACCAUCACGGUGAAGGGCAGCACAGAGGCGUGCUCCAACGCCGAAGUGGAGAUCAUGAAGAAGUUGCGAGAGGCCUACGAGAAUGACGUGGUGGCCGUCAAUCAACAAGCCAACCUGAUCCCAGGACUGAACCUCAGCGCUUUGGGCAUCUUCUCGACGGGGCUGUCCAUGCUCCCAUCCAGCACAGGGGCCCGAGGGGCCGCGGCAGCCACCCCCUACCACCCCUUUGCA